CCAGUACGAAGCUAAAUUUAGCGCCGCUUCUUCAUCAAGAGCGACAAAAGUUUUAAUCGACUCCGGAUCAGAAGGAACGUUCAUAUUGGAACGUUUAAGGAAGCUGCCUUUCCAAAAGGUGCAGCCCCAGGUAUGCGGGCUCAAUUGUGUGGUCUCGGCCGACGCGCGCCAUAUGAGCAGCUUCAAGCUUGUCCUGCCUGCAAAGCCAAGGCUACAAGUUGAGGCCUCCGCGUUCGUGUUGCCACAUUCGGCAGACAAGCUGGCAUCGUACCUAAUCCCCCAAAGCGUUCUGAGGGAUCUUCCAAAGUUCAAGUUGGCGGAUCCCUAUUUCUUCCGAAGCGCCCAGAUAGAUGUUCUUCUUGGGGCAGAUGUGCUGCCAUCAGUACUACUGUAUGGCGUCCAGCGAAACAUUUGCGGCACCCUUCUGGGUCAGGAAACUAUUUUCGGAUGGAUCUUAACCGGUCCGGUGACCACUUCGGAACGCUUCGAUUUCGUCGUUCUCCACAAGGGCCCUCACUGAACAAGCUCCUUUUGAAGUUUUAGGAGGUGGAGGAUCUACCCGCAACUCGGGUAAAGGAAGCAGAUUUAGUCUGCGAGCAAAACUUCUUCUUCUAAGAACCCACAACGUAUCGACUUGGGUCACUCGAGGUCUAUCGCACUGGCUUAAUACCUAACGAACGAAGCUCGCAUAAAAAGGAACGUUCCUCUAAAAGAGCAGUACGAUAUGGUCAUCCAGGAGUACCUGGACUUUGGGCACAUGUGCCAAGUUCCUUCCGAGCGAAUGCAGAUAAUUUUUAUCUUUCGCAUCAUGCUGUCAGCAAGCCUGACAGCACCACUACGAAGGCCCGUGUGGUGUUCAACGCGUCAAGUCCAUCCACAAAUGUUCCGACAUAACCAAAAAGUGUAUCGGCAAAUCAUCGUCGACUCUAGGCACACGCCUUUCCAAAGAAUUCUAUUCCGGAAUUCUACUGGUGACAUAUGUGACUACAAGUUGAUCACGGUCACCUUUGGCAGAGGACUCCUGGCCACAAUAUACGCUAACCAGUCAAAUCAUCGGCUAGCCAGUCAAAUCAUCCGCGAUUACAUGUACGUAUAUGAUGUGCUAGCCGGCGCCCACACUAUGGAGGCCAAAGUUCAAGCCAUAAGGUUCCAGAUGGCACUUGAUGCUGCAGGCUUCCCACUGCGAAAAUGGACGUCCAAUAAGAAGAAACUUCUGGUUCACAUUCCCAAGGAUGGUGGAGUGCUACGACAGACGAAUUUUUCUUCGUUGCCAGCGAUGUGGAGGCCAAGCCCUCAUACAUGAAUGGCGAAGUGCUAUCGCUGAUCUCCGAGCUGUUCAAUCCCGCGGAGUGGCUGACCCCUUUCGUAGUACGGGCUAAGAUUUUUAUGCAGGAACUCUGUCUAAAGAAGAUCUUGUGGGACCAUUCAUUGCCAUCCCAACUACUCAACUGGUGGAGCCAGUUCCAUAUGAGCUAUCCAGCUUUGGACCGGAUACGGAUCCCGAGGUGGAUCGAGGUGGUGCGCAGCCACGUUUCCACACUUAGCAGUUUCGGCCCCUAUUUUUGGACAGACUCGACGAUCGAGCUAUCCUAGUUGAGCAAGCCACCAUGCAAUCGGACCACUUUCGUGGCGAACCGAGUUUCGAGGGUCACGACGUCAGUCCACGAAGGAUAACAGGUGGUUCCACGUGUGGUCGGAGCACAACCCAGCGGACUUGGCAAGUCGAUGGGUCCCUCCACAAGAUCUGGCGGACAGCGACUUGUGGUGAUAUGUAUCGUCUUGGCUUCGGAUGCCGCAGGAAAGCUGGCCCAUCGUCGAGCACCCUCCAUUCAUCACGGAAAUGGAGCAACGUACCAUUCGGGUGAAUUCCGCAUCCGUGUCUGCAGCUGGGGACGUUCUGGAGCGUUUUUUCGAUUUCGUCGGAGUCCUGCGCGUGGUGGCCAUUCGCUGGACCAUUUGAAAUUAAAAACUACACAGGCCGAGUCUGCCUGAUCACCAAGGGCUACGUGUGCGUUUUUGUAUGCUUCAGCACGAAAGCUAUCCAUCUACAUCCGACCUCACGACGGAGAAAUGCUUAGCCUCUAUUGCGCGCUUUGUGGCGAGAAGACGAUGCCCCCAAGAAAUCCAGUCUGACAACGGCACGACCUUUGUGGGAGCAACUAAAUCAACUAUGAGUAGGCGUUUGAGCUCCUGCUGCAGGAAUGCCUUUGGAGCGUGACUUUUGUUGCGACGCGAAUGAGUAUAUAACAUCUCAUCAACGCGACGCAAACAGACAUUAAAUAAAAUAUCAUGGCACCACAUAACAUACAUAUAAGUACACAUAAACCUAUGCACCCAUAUUG